GAUUCGAUGAAAGCAACACGCACUGGCUCUGUCUUUCUCUCUCACACAUCGCAACAGAAUAGAGAGAGAGAGAGAGGGAAUAAAGACUACGGCGAGAGGAGAUUCAUUCUCUCUCCUUCUCAGGGUUUUCCUUUUUUUGAUAAACAGGGGAUCGGAGGAAUUGAAUGAAUUGAUUAAACCCUAUAGCGACGGCGUCGUGUUUGGUGGUAACGGGGGAUCGCCGCCGGUCGACGUGGCGUCCGGGGAUGGGGGUUGCGGAGCCGAGUCGUUCGGUUGCCUGUUAUUGUUGUUGUGCUGCUAGUGUUUUGGUUGCUUACCGAUCUCGCAUUUCCAUUGGUCCUACUUGAGUUUGUUUGUUGUUUUUGUUUUUCUGGGAAUAAGGUAUUCGAUUUUGGAGUUGGUUUCUGGCGAAAAAUGGUGGUCAAGGGUGGGUGGUGGUGGGAGAAGGUGCGGAGGAGUGUGAGGACGGUAUAUUUCAUGGUGGCUAUGGUGUCGUCGCUGGUGGUGGUGUCUUUGCCGGUGGUGGUGGCAAUUGCGGACGCCGUUUUGCCUUGCUUGCUAAUUCCUAGCUUUACGUGCGUUAAAUGUUACAGUUUCCGAGAGCAUGUGGAGAGAUAUGCUUUCAAGAGCUCGCUUAUGGAUAUUCCUCUUGUUUCCAUCGUCAGAUCUCUCAUCAUUACCUGUGUAUAUAUAAUGUGCGAUGGCGCAGCCCUAUCGCACGGGUCCUAUGUAGGAAGUGUAACAUUCUGUUCCUUCGUUUCAAUACUUCUUCUUUCAAUCAAGGCUUGUGUCUUCACUGUUAAUUCUCAACUCGAGGCUGAAGCUUCAAUUUCUCUUUCAAGGAAGAGGCUCCAUCUGAAGAAAUCCUGGGGAAUGCCUGUCUUGUUUCUCUCAUCUGUUGUCUUUGCUCUUGGCCACAUUGUUGUGGCCUAUCGAACAAGUUGCAAAGCAAGGAGGAAGCUCAUUUUGCACCGUGUUGACCCAGAAUCUGUUCUUUCUGGCAAAAUGGUCUUCUCUGGUUUCCAGAAGGUUCCACGAUCACCAACUCCAUCUGCAGGCAAAUCUUUCCGCAGUGAUAGUGAAACCAGGAAAAAAGCACCAGGUUUAGCCCAUGACGUUGGGGAACUUCCAAUUAGUUUACUUGCCGACAUAGACAGCUUGUUCUUUUCUUGUCAAGGGCUAACAAUUCAUUACAAGCUAAGCAUGCCGGGAUCACCUUUGCGCACCUUGUCCUCUACACUUUUUGAUCGGCCAUCAUUAAGCAUUCCUCUGAAAACCCAAUAUAGUAUUCACAGGAGCAUCAGUAACCAAUUAUACAGCAGCAGCAGCACUCCUCUCUUUACUCCCCUCUUGGCCAGUUCACCGGCAUCUCCAAUAUCUGAAGAUAUGCCCAUUUUGAGCUUAAAUGAAACUUGUGAGGAAGAUGAAGUUAGCAAAAUGGGAUAUCUAAUGGACCAGAUUGAUGGAGCUACUGAACAAUUUGGAAUUAUUUUAGUCCACGGCUUUGGGGGGGGUGUCUUCUCAUGGAGAAAGGUAAUGAGCGAUCUGGCUAGGCAAACAGGUUGUGCAGUUGCUGCUUUUGACCGGCCGGGAUGGGGUUUGACGUCAAGGCCACGGCAGAAGGAUUGGGAGGAAAAUCAAUUACCUAAUCCCUACAAGCUUGACAAUCAGGUGGACCUACUUCUUUCAUUUUGCUUGGAGAUGAAGUUUUCCUCGAUUGUGCUUGUGGGCCACGAUGAUGGAGGACUGCUUGCCCUGAAAGCUGUUCAGAAACUUCAGUCAUCCAUAAAUCCUGUGAAUCUUGAAAUAAAGGGAGUCAUAUUACUAAACGUAAGCUUGUCAAGAGAAUUGGUUCCAGCCUUCGCUAGAAUACUUUUACGCACUUCCUUAGGCAAAAAGCACUUGGUUCGUCCUCUUCUUCGGACGGAAGUUACUCAAGUGGUGAAUCGGCGAGCUUGGUAUGAUGCCACCAAACUAACAACCGAAGUCUUAAGCCUAUACAAGGCCCCAUUACAUGUAGAAGGUUGGGAUGAGGCACUUCAUGAAAUUGGCAAACUUUCAUAUGAAACUGUCCUACCUCCACAUGGCGCAGCAUUGAUUCUGAAAGCUGUUGAAACAUUACCAGUUUUAGUCGUAGCAGGGGCUGAAGAUGUCCUUGUCCCUUUGAAGUCUGUCCAAACUUUGGCUUCUAAACUUGUAAAUUCAAGAAUGGUUGCAAUAUCUGGUUGUGGCCAUCUUCCACACGAGGAAUGUCCCAAGGCGUUGCUUGCAGCUAUAUCACCGUUCAUAAAUAGGGUUUUAUUAAAACCAGAAUUGUAGAAACAAUAGGGAGAGCUUCAUCAUCAUGUUUUAUAAUAUUAGGCUAGUUCGUUCUUAUUUAUUGGCCUGGCUGGCUGGCCUCUCUAUUAAAUCCCCGUCCCAUCUUUUCUUGUAAAUUCCCGAAGGAGGAAGAGCCCCAAGCAAAAAGCUCGCUCUCCUUUUGGGUGUGUCGGUUUUGAAUUAUAAUAGUGUUUUUUCCUUUUAGGUGGUGGUUGUGGUGAAGGCUUGUUGUCUAAGGGCAUAAGCAAGCUCCAAUGAGGCGUUUAUCAAUGUGGUUGAUUAUUUCAUCAA